AUGGCGAACUUGGCGAAGCUUAAUUAUGCUGCCCUGGACAUUACCGGGAAUAAUUACCUUACAUGGGUACUGGAUACCAAGAUUCAUCUGGAAACAGGGAAUCUUGGAGAUACCAUUAGGGAAGAGAGCAGCUCAUCCUCUCAAGAGCGGGCGAAGGCUAUGAUUUUUAUUCGUCGCCAUCUUAAUGAGGCAUUAAAAAGCGAGUACUUAACGGUUGAAGAUUCGUUAACUCUUUGGAAUGCAUUGAGAAUCAGAUACAACCACCAGACAAUGGUGAUUUUUCCAAGAGCUCACUAUAAAUGGACUCACCUAAGGAUCCAAGAUUUCAAGUCAGUGGCAGAGUACAAUUAUGCGUUGUUCAGAAUUACCUCUCAGCUAAAGCUCUGUGGGGAUACUAUUACUGAGGAAAAUUUGCUGGAAAAGACUUUCAGCACAUUUUAUGCCUUUAACGUGCUCCUAUAG